CUGCGUCACUUUGUGAUGAAUCGCCGCCCAAACGGCAAAUGGUGGACGACUGGACGACUGGCGGUUGUGCCAGGCGCUAGCAUUACUUGUCCCUCCUCGGUUGGUGCAAUGUUCAAGGUUUACUUGAAUUCGCAAGGUACUGAUAUGGGGAUAGUUCAUAGUUCGGCAUGGACAAGAGACGCACUCUGAAUAAUUAUCUUUACUUGGCGGAAAUCGUACCCCUGUAGCUGUCUGCCAGCGUUGUUUCGUGUGUUUACUGGAGACCAUGUUGGAGUAAUGUAUUGUUUCUUUCGGAAGACUACUACACGGUAUAAGAACUCUUGUACUGUAUACCUACGUAUCAUAUACAUGUACGUGUUUACAGGAUAGAUGAAAUUUGGCGAAUUCGGACGGUGAACUUGACGUCGCGUUCAGGAACUAGGGAAAGUAUAUCAGAGGGUUGAAACACUUUAAAAUAGUGAUAUUUGGCGUCGCAUACGGAAUUCAGGGUUAGUAGGAAUACCAGCAAUGGCGUCAUAAAUUAUGAUAAGGAAUUCGUUCUUGGCGUCGCAUUCAGGACUAGGGAAAGAUUACCAGAAUUGACACACUUAAUAGUUGUGAUAUUUGGCGUCGCAUUUCGGAUUUAGGGUAGAAAAACCAGCGAAGCGCAGUAGGCCCUACGGUAGACAAUGGUGGAAAUGUGUUCUCAGCGUCGCAUUCGGGAAUUAGAAAACCAAUGAAAACAGGCCGGGUUUGACACACUUGACUGUGACAUUUGGCGUUGUGCUACAGAUUGUGACAUUGUCGUUGCUUUCGGAAUCUGCUCUCAGCCCUAUCAGUGCCAGCAUUUGAGUGCCAAUAAAUUUCAUAAUGGAAGAGAUGAUAAAUGGAGAGUCGGAUGACCAGUACAAACUGACGGAAUUCAUAAACCACCAGACGUGGAUUAGUGAUGCCGUCUUCAUUGGCGUCCUGAUGUGUGUCGGGAUUAUCGGGAACUUACUAAUCCUUGGAGCAGUGAUUGUGACGAAGAAGCUGCGGAAUACUACCAAUGUGUUCGUUUGUAAUGUCGCAGUAUCAGACUUAUUUGUUGCUGGCUAUGUUUUGCCGACGAUUUUUGGGAAUAUCAUCAAACAGGGCAGCAUCCUGAGUAUACCAGUAUGUGUCUUUACUGCGUGUGUGUUGUUGACAAGUUGUGGCGUCUCUCUCAUCAGUUUUGCAAUGAUUGCAUUCAAUCGUUACAUAAGCAUCUGCCAUCAUGGUAGAUAUGCCCGCAUCUUCCCAACCAGGAGCGUCGUGAUUAUGGUCGUCCUCGUUUGGGUGUUUUCCCUCACCACCGUUGUCGUCGGGCUGAUACCUGGCGUAUGUAUCCAUUUUUACCACCACGCCCAAAUUGUAUGCACCUUCAACAACCGCUUGUCCGCUAUUUACACAUUUUGUUUAAUAUGUAUCGGAAUUGUUGCUCCGUCCUGCCUUACUGGAUCAUUCUACUUCGCAAUCUACACAAAGAUCAAGACAACGGGGCAGAAAGUUCGCUCGCACACCUCCGGCGCCUUGUCAAGCGCAAUGGUUGCGCGGCAGCAGAAGGAGAACCGCGCAAUAUUAUGUAUGUUUCUCGCGUACCUAAUAUUCGUCGUGCUCUGGUUCCCCUUUGGGAUGGUCGUUCUCAUCGACAUCUACUACCCCGUCCAUCCUCUUCUGUUCCGGAUUGUAGGGUGGCUGGCUUUCAGUAAUUCCUGCGUGGACUGGAUCGUCUACGGAGCAAUGAACAACCAUUUCAAAGACGCGUAUAAAAAUAUCCUGACCUGUUUCAGAAGGAAACGAAAAGUUGCUACCUCAAGUGCGGAUGUGGAGAGUAACUCUCGAUUGACACGGGGGAGGUCGCAUCAGGUGAUUGCGGUCGUAGGCACAGCUACUAUGACAAGUACAGUCCCCAACUGACAAAUCAAUUCUAAAUAUAAAGCGACAUACCAUGAGGGUCGGAGUAUAGACGUCAAGGGGGACUUGCAUUCUUGUCACACUUGAUUGAUGAGAAAUAUUAAGCUGAAAGCUAAAGGUUUGUGUAAUGUACUAUCUUAAUCUUGAUGUGCUAUCUUGAUUAUUAUCUCCAUCUUCUACACAGUGUGUAGAAUACCUUGUCUGUCUGAUAUUGUCAAUAAAUCAA